GCGGAUAUGAUCUGCUCAUCAUGACGAAGGUAUGGAAAGUCUCAAUAAAGCGAGAAAAAUUUAUGACGCAAGGCUGGGUUUUGCACGUGCGUUUCUGAUGUUGCCACAGUUUUGGAGGAAAAUACAACUGUCAAUGGCUUACAUUGAAAAAUUGCAACAUUGCGUAGUCAGUAAACGAUUGAUUUAAUCAAACCAUCAAGAUAAAAUCUCGGAGUAAUGUCUUAAGCUUUUGAUGCUGGAGUUCAAGAAAAUGGCAAAUACGUGCUUGGCUUACAAGUUACUAAUUGAAAACUAGAGAAAUAACUCAUCACAUUGUUUGAAAUGGAAUUGUGUUUGAGUGAGUCAACUAAGUUUUUGUGCUAAUCAAUACAAUUUGUCACUAUGCAUGUGAGCGACUGAAGGUCAAUUAAAAUAUUUUCUUAAAACAAAUUAAAUAAAAUGAGAGUAGAUUGAGCUUUCUGAAUCAUCCAAUUCUAAAAUUUUUGAUGGUAAUAAUAUAUUUUAUGAACCGAAUUUGGUUUCAUUUAUAUUAAAUAUAUUUUUUACAAAAAAAUUUUUUGUUCAAGCUUUUAUUAUAAGGUUAAUAAGUUUUUCCGUGCCAUAGCUUUCAAAGAAAACCCUGACAAAAAGGAAAAUUAUGUAAAGCAAUUGAGAGGUUUUCCCCUGACAAUAUACAGCCCCUUCUGUCAACAUACUGCUCUUCACCUUAUGUAAGUAGCGGGCAUUAUCCUCUUCUAUAAUAAUUUGCAGUCGCACACGUCAGAUAUUAUAUUGUUAUUACAUAGGCAUGUACAUAUAUAUAAGAGUACCCUGAGGCAUCAAGGUCUCGUGUUCAUUCCCAUUGAGAGAGGGAGUAGAGCAGAAAAAUACUUUGAUUUAUAUUUUUAUAUUUUGUUGUAUCAACCUUGCGAGUCGCCCCCAACUUGGCACAGGGAGGACUAGCAGUGGGGGAGCGGCACAGCACAAAGCAUAAUUUAUAAUAAAUCUUGGCGUCUUUGAAAUUGGUUGGUCAUUUGCAGCUCUGCCUCAUUCGAAUCAACAUAGGGUGCGCUGAGCAGUACCGAGAUGGAUAAGCCGGAAGAAAGUUUAGUUGCAAAUUUUUACGAGGGGAAAACUGUAUUCCUAACUGGAGCCACCGGAUUCUUGGGAAAGGUUUUGGUUGAAAAAAUCCUACGCUCUUGCCCUGGAGUCGAUUCCGUGUACUGCUUGGUUCGUCCUAAGCGAGGACAGGAUCCCAAAACCAGAUUCGAAAUCUACAUAAAGAAUCUUGUUUUCGAUAGAGUGCGUCAGGAACAACCGCAAAAUUUGAGCAAAGUCCACCUAAUCUGCGGGGAUGUCACGGAAGACGGGCUCGGAAUCAGCCAGGAGGAUCGCAAAUUGCUAUCAGAAAAAGUGGAUGUGGUUUUUCAUUCGGCAGCGACGGUCAAGUUUGUUGAGCCGAUCGAGGUUGCUCUGCAAAUGAACACAUUCGGCACCAGAAAAGUGGUCGAGCUUUGCAGGGAAAUGAAAAACCUCAAGGCUUUCGUCCAUGUGUCUACGUGCUACUCAAAUGCGGUUAUUAAAGACAUCGCGGAAAAAGUGUAUUCACCACCAAUGGACCCAGACUUAUUGAAAAAGUUGCUCAAGGAAAUGCCAACCGAAGAGACAAAGAACGCCAAAAGUUUAAUAGGCAACCACCCAAACACUUACACCUUCACCAAAGCCAUGGCUGAGCAUAUUGUUUUGAACGAAACAGGAAACAUUCCUACUGCAAUUGUGAGGCCCUCGAUUAUAACCGGUUCGCUGAACGAACCCUUUCCGGGAUGGGUGGACAAUUUGGCGGGCAUCACUGGAUUGACCACGGAAACUAUGAGAGGAACAUAUCGUUCUGCGGUUUGUAACGUUGCCUGCCGAGUGGACUUGAUCCCGGUCGAUUUGGUCGCUAAUUGCAUAAUCGUCGCUGCAGCUGAAGUUCACAAAAACAAGCCAGCGAAUGGUCCACAAGUGUACAAUUGCUCAACUGGUGAACAAAACCCCUUAAAGUGGGGCCGCCUCCGAGAUCACAUCAUUCAAGGCGCGAUCGAGACCCCGACGAAGUACAUGCAGUUUUACCCGUCGUGCACCUACCGCAAAAGCAAAGCCGUGCACCUUUUCAUGGUUUUCUUUUUGCACUACCUGCCGGCCUUAGCGCUCGAUCUUUACUUGAAAUUAGCGGGAAAGCGACAAAUGGCAAUGAAAAUUUUCACAAAUACGCGAAACGCUGAAAAGAUGGGCGAGUAUUUUGCAACGCGCGAAUGGAACUUCAAGAGCGCUAACUUGAUGCAAUUGGUGGAGACGCAAAGUGACGCCGACAGAAAAAGGUUUAGUAUUGACUGCAGACAAAUCCACUGGGAAAGCUACGUCAAGAGUUACAUCAAAGGGAUCGUUAUGUUUGUGCUCAAGGACGAUUCUUUCACGCAGUCAGUGACAAAAAAUAAGCUUCAAAAGCUUUACUGGGUGCAGUUUUUCUGCAGAGGCGUUGUGCUGGUGCUCACAUUGGCUCUGCUGUUGUGAUUGUAACUUAUUCCGCUUAUUUUACUUUGGGACAGUGAGCAUUAUAUUAACAUUUUUAGUUGAUCAUUAUUUAACCAGAGUAGUAGUGAAUAUUUCUAAUAUUUUGUAAUUUAAUUUUUGAAGGAAUUAUCACGACAUGUUAAAUUUCAAGUAUCAUUUACCUGAUUGAGAGUAAAUUAUUUGUACGGAUACAGCAAAUUAAAAUUCUCA